CAACUUUUCUGAUUACCAUGACCCCAACCCAACUAUUUGAAGCAGCUGCAGAAGGCAAUCUUGACUUUAUCAGAAAACACAAAGAACAUUAUAGAGACAAAAAUGAACGCGGUUGGACUGUCCUUCACUUCGCUGCCAGGUACGGUCAGCUCGAGGUAGCCACCUUUUUAUCUUCUCAGGCUGGCUGUGACAUUUUGGCCGUUAAUAACGAAGGAAAGACCGCUGCAGACGUAGCAGAGUUCUGGGGCCAUGAUAAAGUUUCCAAGGUUCUUAAGCCUCCUACUCCAUCUGUUUCUAACACACAAAUACUGGAAAAAGAUACAAGUGACUCCAACAAUACACUCGUAUCUAAUUUCUCGCAGAAUAUCACAAACUUUUUUGCUGGAAGCUUUUUAAACAGACUCAGUCGGUACCGCAACGAUUAUUCUAUUCUUCAACGUCUCGCACACUCGCCACAAUCCAAGUUUAUUCUUUUCUCGAAAUUAAAUCCUUUAUUUGAUAAGAGCAAUGACAAUUCGGUUUAUCUGGCAAGCUAUUCUGAAGUAGCAUCGCUUGUGGAUAUGAUAUACGGAGAGAAUAAGAAUAUCGAGAAGGCAGUAUCUAAAGAUGAGCCAAUACUUGUUUUUCUGGGUGUCGAUGAGCGGAAUGCCAAAGGAGAGGAAGGUGUUGCGUACUGGGCAUUAGAUGUAACUCCAAGGGGCAAAUGCCAAGAAUCUCUUGAAGAUCUUACAAAAGAGUUCGAAUCUAGAGGGUUAGAUUUCGCGCCUACCUUGCCGAAAGCAUUUAAAAUAGACAUGAGACUAGCUUCAGUACUCGCUCAGGCACGAGCUAUGGUGGAUUGGAAUAAACGUAACGCUUUUUGUCCUGGAUGUGGCAGAGUAACUGCAUCUGCAGAAGGUGGACAUAAACGUGUUUGUCCAGUUCCCAAAGAAGAUGAGUCGUGCAUCAGUCACAAUGGAGGUGUGCACAACUUUACAUAUCCACGAACAGAUCCUGUGAUUAUUGUCUGUAUUGUUCAUCCAACUGAAGAUAAGAUAUUACUUGGCCGCCAAAAAAGCUGGCCAGGCAAGAUGUUUUCGUGUAUUGCAGGAUUUGUGGAAGCUGGAGAAUCGAUUGAAGAGGCUGUACGUCGUGAAGCUAUUGAAGAGACGGGUAUAGUUGUAGACCGUGUAUCUUAUCACAGUAGCCAACCUUGGCCAUUUCCCAAUUCUUUGAUGUUUGGGUUUAUCGCUGAAGCGGUAACCACAGAUAUUAAACUUGAGGACAAGGAGCUUGAAAGCGCUGUUUGGUUUACACGUAGUGAGGUUUUAGCAUCUCUCAAAGGAAACAAGGAUAGUCCAUUUGCUAUGCCUGCUGCAAAUGCCAUUGCUUAUAAAUUAGUGAAAACCUGGGCGUUUGAGUGGAGUAGAGUGAUUUCUGCUAAAAUCUAAUAAUUUAUUAUACUACUAUACAUGUAUUAUUAACACGUAAUAUAUAUAUAUAUAUAUAUAUAUAUAUCUCAUAUCC